AAUUACAGUUUAACUUAGUUCAAGCCUAAUACACUUUAAUGGAUUAAAAUCACAAAAAUCAAUAUUUUGGAUUAGCCGUGCUAAAGGAUAAAACUCACCAGCUCAAAAAACAUAAUAAGCAGAGUCGGUGCGCAGCUGCCGCAGAGCCAAUAUGUUCUGACUGCCGCAUUGACAUUUUUUGGUAAUAAAAUUCGAACAAAUAAUUUAAAUAAAAAUUCGCUGCAGCACACAUCACUGACAAUUACAUAAUAAUAUAGUAAAAAUAAAAAUUAAAUCAAAAUCCUAAAGAAAAAAAAAAACAAAAUAAAACUGUUUUUACAUAAGUAAGAGAAGGCGUGCCAUUGUCAUGGCGGCACGCAGUUUGGUCCAAAGUAGUGGGCAGCCACAACGGUUACCAACCAACCGAAAACAAAUGUUUACAACCACCAAUAAUGAAAAUAAUAAUAAUAAACAUCAAAAGUCGUCCUUGCUAUCCUUAUCAAAAACAGUUGAAACAACAUCGUGCUCGUCGGACUCGGAGUCCUUAGUGUCGUUAUUAAAUACGUGUCGGUCGUACCGCAGAUCAAGUUCUGCAAUCGCGUCGUUUCGACAACUUGUCGCAAUCGCUACAUUCGCGUUAGUCUUAGUCGGUCAAUUUCAGUGUGCUUUGUCAUACGAGAAGGCACACAAUGCCAUGCCCACAGAAAGUUUGUCUGCUGCCAAUGCAGCACGCAUGCUAGCUGGUGGUGAUAAUGAUGAUACCAACGAUAUGUCAUUAGUAUUGCCGCAUGAUACUUAUCCGGGGUUCAGCAUCAAAAAGUUUGACACGAUGCCAGUGCUUAAUAAUACGCGCGGCAUAGUGCCUCAAGGUGCGUACCAUAUGCUACCGGGUGAUUAUUCGAAGUACUUCACCGUACUGGAUGAUGGUGUUGUUAUGACCACAUCUGACAUAUCACCACUAGUCAACCGCCCGGUCAAUUUGGUUGUUGUUGAAGAAACACCGAACUCCACAAAUACGCAUAAUUUGCAACUAUACGUUAUGCAUCGCAAUGAUAUGCUUCGUUUUCCUGGCACCAUGUUGGAUGCUAAUGGAGAGGUGCGUGAAAAUCGUCCAGCGGGUACUCGAGUGCGUGGUGUGCCACUUAUGCAGGCAUUCAGUGGUGAUGUCGUAGAACCUGAUGUGACGCCAAAGAAAGUGCGCUAUACACUGAUCGAUGGCAAUGAUGAUAAAGCAUUUGCACUACAAAGUCGAAAGACUAAAGAAGGUGACGUAACUGGAAAAUCUGUUGUUGUCGAUAGCAAUGAUGAUUCCGGUGUUUGGUUGGUUACUAACCGCCCAUUAGAUCGUGAAUUGAAAGCGCACUAUGAUCUAUCGGUCCAAGCUUCCGAUAUGGAUGAAUUAGACAAGACAAUGUCUAAAAUUGAAGUGCUCGUUUUGGAUGUUAAUGACAAUCGUCCAGUUUUUAAAGAGUAUGAUUAUAAAUUUGCUUUAACGGGUGAGAAAACUCCAAAUAUGGAAGAGAAGGAUCCGGGUGUUACAUGGAAACGUUUCACUAUAAUGGGAAAAGUAGAAGCUACUGAUGCUGAUGGUGAUAAGGUUGCUUAUCGCUUGAAAACGCCCAACAAUAUUGUUAUUAUCGUACCACAAACAGGUGAAAUUAUGUUGGCUGGUGAACCACUGGCCAGUGAACUUAUGGUUGAAGUCGAAGCACAUGACUUACGCUAUCCUAGCAUGGUAAGCGAAAAACCUGCUAAGGUGAUGUUAGAAUUUUUAGAACCAGAACCUGUUGCAUUUAUAAUGCAACAUCUCGAACAUGAUCGGAUCAAUCCUCAUUCGCAUCAUCGUGAGAAACGUCGUGUUACUCGUGCCGUGCGUCCUACAAAACGUAUUGAAUUUACUGAAGCUGAUGGUGAUACUGAAGGAAAAUCAGUAUUUCAGCUUGAAAAGGAAACUGAUAAGGAAACAUUUAAGAUACGCGAUGAUAAUCCUUGGGUUACGGUUGAAACAAAUGGUGCGGUGCGUGUUAAAAAGAAGUGGGAUUACGAAGAACUUGGUCCUGAGAAAACGAUUGACUUCUGGGUUAUCAUUACAAAUACUGGACAUAACGGUAAGUGA